AUGUUUUCAUCCUCCAUGCGACGCCUGCAGAUGCCGCCGAUGCGCAGACGUCCAUCUUCUUCGUGUAAUUUGCAGGUAGAUAGAGCUUUGUUUACCUCUGUGCAAACGUAUUUACCAGCUCUGCGAGAAGUUUCGACGUGGGCGCUUGCAGCGGAUGGAUUACAGCAAAAGUGGAAGGGUUUAAAGCAGCGGACUGUAUGGCGAUACAAGACACUUAAGGAUAACAAUAUGGUGAUUGUAUUCAGUGAUGAGAUGCAAAAGAAAGUACAGCUGAAACCCCGGAAUCGACGGCUCGACGAUCCUCUUGCUUGUCAUAAUGUACUCGCAACCGCGUCGACGUCGAGUUUGAAUGGAAUUCUAGGCGCAACAUCGCCUGAAAAUUCGAGUCAAUUUUGCAGGACUAUGGUCGGCUUUAUGCUGCAUUCAUGCACCUCAUCUGGGCGUGCAAAGGUGUUGGACGUCCUCACGAAGGAGCGAUUAAGAGAGAUCACUAUUGCUAAUCGAGCACUGAUUAUUCAAGCUAUUCAGCGUUGUUUGUUAUCACCUCUGAUUCGUGAUAAAGCUGGGCUGCAUAGUGCUGCAAAGAAUGUAAUUUGUGGUACGUUUGGCGUAGAGCUGUCUGUUUUGAAGGAGCAGAUUCAUUCGGAUGAAGAGGCUUUUAUCGACACAGGAGGCCAUAUUCAGUUUAGAAAUGACGUGGCUUCAGAUAAGGUAUCAUUUCGCCGCCGAGUACAUACGCAAGAAGAACCGCCGCAUUCAGGAGACCUCAUUCAGCUCAUUUUUGGAAACAAGAGCAUCACGGAGGUUGUGGCCAUGGUACAACAUAUUGCGGUGGAAAGUCUGAAGGUGAAGGAGUACCAGCCAAACCUGAUCAAGGUAGUGAGCGAUAUUGACGACACACUUUUUCCAGGAUGGAUCGAUAAGCGCUAUCCAUUGCACAUUCCUUACCCAGGCGUCUCGGAACUUUAUGCGCGGCUAUCACGUGGACUCAUGCAAGAUGCAAACGGUGACAGCAUGCGUCCGUCCAUUACCUUUCUCACUGCUAGACCUCGUGGAUGGCUAAGCGUUGGACGCUACUUGACGCUGCAGCACUUGAAGAGCCUAGGAGUACCGAACGUCACGGUGCUCAACGGGUCAGUGAGAGGCCUUGUGAGCAACGAGAAGAUUGCGAAUCUUAAGAUGGACAACUUCUCUCGCUUUGCAGCACUAUUUCCAGAGUUCAAAUUCGUUUUCUUUGGUGACUCUGGUCAAGGCGAUGCGCUGUUGGCAUCGCGAUUGCUGAAGAAUUACCCAGAACAAGUGCUUGGUACCUUCAUUCACAACGUGAAUCCGAUCUUUGCACGUGCCGGCGACGGUGGAACAAAGCGGGCGUACGCUACGGAAGGUGUGGAGGUUUUUGAGACUUAUGCAGGGGCUGCGCUUGGCGCAUACAGAAAGGGGUUGAUUUCAGUAAAGGACGUUUUGGCCGUUGCAGACGCCUGUGCAAAGGAGCUGAACGACAUUGUCUUUCUUGGACCUGAGGCCACUAGCACAAAAAUUGCAAGAUGCCAAGAAUUGCAGCAAGAUAUUGACCCUUAUUCACACGUGCUUGCAUUCACUUUAAUGGACCGUGAGGAAGCGCGAGCGCGCAUGUUGCGUCUGUGGAAGUUACUGAGCUCUAGUGAUGCUACUCACACUUCCAUUCUUACUACACAAAGCAUUAUGGUGCAUGCUGAAUUGGUUAUUGCUAACGCAGGACAAACGCUUUUCGCUUGCUCAAAUCUGUCCACUCCUCUUGGCACGUAUAAACAUGCGGUCCUGCGUGACCAAGACAUUGCACAGAUGGAGCAACCAUUGACGACUAUGGAACUACAAACACUGGUGUUUGAAGGCUGUGGAACUACAAACUCUGACGCUUGA